CGCGCUUCACAACAUUCAUCCUGGAUCACUCGACACACGCUUCGAAGCCUCGACACGUCACUAGGUGGUCUCCAGCCACAUCCUCUUGAUGCUGCCCAGUGUCCUCCGCUGUGCUCGCUCUGCCUCCACCCGUCUCGCCUUGCACCGGCCUCUGGCCCACUUCAGACCCCACAUGGCCCCGGACCCCAGCCGGCCCGUGGAGAGCUCUAUCAGAACCAAACUAACCGACGCACUACAGCCCGACCACCUGGAAGUCCACAAUGAGAGCCACAUGCACGCCGUGCCCCCCGGCUCGGAAUCCCACUUCCGUGUGCUGGUGGUCAGCUCCCAGUUCGAGGGUCUGCCGCUGAUAAAGCGCCACCGUCUGGUCAAUGAGGCCCUGAAGGAGGAGUUGAGUACCUGUGUUCAUGCACUGGCCAUACAGACAAAGACCCCUGAGCAGUGGGGAAGUAACCCCAACCUGGCCAAGAGUCCGCCCUGCAUGGGGGGAUCGAGGGGAGACCCCACGGUGGAGGAGAAGCUGAAGGCCGGACGAGACUGAUGGGUUGGACAAUGUGAAGAAUGCAGCAAGAGGGGGACAUAGAUUAGUAAUAACCCCUCUUGUCCUAAUGGUAGUCGCAUAUUUCAUUGCAAAAUAAAUCGUGUGAACACUUAUUUUAACUAUUUGUUUGCAAUUGUAUAUGAUGUAAAGUUUGCAAUAUCAAUAAGUGCCACAAGAACAACAACACUUAAAUAAAAUACUAUGACUUUAUGGGAACUUGCCCUUGCAGAGUUUACACUAAACAUAUUUUUGGAGUAAAAGACUAAUAUCACUGACAGGAAUGAGUCUAUUGCCUAAACAGGUCUGACAUUUAGAUCCUAGGUCUUUGUUCUGUGGUUUGUCUGUUUAGUGUCUCAAACCAAAAGUCAGAGGGCAAAGGUCAAAUUUCCUCAGUCAUGCAAGAACAAGAAUCCUCUGGAAGUUGUGAAUACAUUUCUGAAAUCUGUGAUUUGAAGGGUUUAAAUAAAACUGUUUAACCAGGUAA